AUGCCUAGAGAACGACGUGCGAACAUCGGCCGCCGCACAAGACAUGCAAGCCAGCAACAAGUCUAUUCAAGGAACUUAAGAGAAGAAAGACAAAAUAUAAUAAGAGAAAAUGACCGAUUGAGACAUCGCGUGAGCACACGAAGAUCAUUGGCAUCAUACAAUCGCUUGGCAUUCCAAUAUGAUCCCACUGCGAACUACAGUGAUGAUGAAAAUUUGGAUAUUGGACGAAUGACGACUAUAUGCCGAUAUUGCAAUGCGGUAAAGUUCAAAAGAGAAACGGUUGGAUUGUGCUGCGCAAGUGGAAAAGUCAAACUGGAUCCAUUACUUACACCACCACAGCCACUGAAAACAUUGUUUGAUGGAAGUGAUCCCGAUUCCAGCCAUUUUCUUCAACACAUCCUUGAAUACAAUAACUGCUUUCGCAUGACUUCCUUUGGAGCUAAUAUCAUUCGAGAAGGCGGCUUCAUGCCGACUUGCAAGAUACAAGGUCAAAUAUAUCAUUUGCAUGGUUCAAUGGUGCCAACACCAGAUGAACCGCAUCAAUUUCUGCAAAUAUAUUUCAUUUCGUCGAUGGUGGAUCAGCUGAACGUGCGGUGCAAUAUACAGGGAGCACAACAGUUAAAGAGACGAAUUAUUGAACAGUUGCAAGCAUUUUUUCACGCUAAUAAUGCUGUGGUUAAUAUGUUCAAAACAGCAUUGGAACGAAUGCCAUCGGAUACGCACAAAUUUGUCAUAAGAGCGGAUUGUACUCCGACAGGUGAACAUGUGCGAAGAUUCAAUGCACCCACCGUUAAUGAUGUUGCUGCAAUUAUUGUUGGCGAUCCAACUAAAUCACGAGACAUUGUCGUUCAGCGAAGAAGCAAUAUCAUGCAUCGUGUAAACGAGACACAUCGUUUGUACGAUGCGUUACAAUAUCCAAUCAUUUAUUGGCAAGGGCAAGACGGAUACGACAUCACGUUGAAGAUGGUCGAUCCAAUUACAGGAGUAUCAACGAAUAAUAAAAAUCUAAGCGCAAUGAAUUACUAUGCGUAUCGUAUGAUGAUUCGUACACAUGAGGAGAAUGUCAUUCUGAAGUGCGGUCGGCUAUUCCAGCAAUUCGCUGUUGACAUGUAUGUCAAAGUCGAGACCGAACGUUUAGCGUUCAUCAGAUUCAAUCAGCCAAAGCUACGAUCUGAGGACUAUAUACACUUGCGUGAUGCUAUUCAUUCAGAUGGUGAUGUUCAGAAUAUUGGACGACUGACGAUUCUCCCAUCAACUUAUAUCGGAAGCCCACGCCACAUGCACGAAUACGCUCAAGACGCUAUGACGUACGUGCGAAAUUAUGGAACUCCGGAUUUAUUUAUUACGGUCACAUGCAAUCCGAAGUGGACGGAAAUUGAACGCGAGUUGGAACCGGGUCAAAAACCGCAAGAUCGCCAUGACAUAAUCGCCAGAGUAUUUCAGCAAAAACUCAAGGUUAUGAUGGAUGUGCUUACUAAGUAUCGAGUUUUUGGUGACACACGUUGUUAUAUGUACUCGGUGGAAUGGCAGAAGCGUGGACUACCGCAUGCUCAUAUCCUAAUUUGGUUGCUGAACAAAUUACAUUCAAAUGAAGUGGAUGACAUCAUAUCAGCUGAAAUUCCUGAUCCAGUCACUGAUCCCCGUCUACACGACAUUGUGACGUCACAGAUGGUGCAUGGACCGUGCGGUGCAUUAAAUCCAUUAUCGCCUUGCAUGGCUGAUGGAAAGUGCACAAAACGAUAUCCGCGACCGUUAGUUGCUGAAACAGUCACAGGGAACGAUGGAUAUCCAGUUUAUCGUCGGCGUUCAAAAGAAGAUAACGGUCGAACUAUCAAAGUUAAAGUUCAAAAUCAAGAGAUUGAGAUCGGAAAUGAAUUCAUUGUACCAUAUUGCCCGCUGCUAUCACGAAUUUUCGAAACACAUGCAAACGUUGAGAGUUGUCAUUCGGCCAAAUCAAUCAAAUAUUUGUGCAAGUACGUCACAAAAGGCAGCGACAUGGCUGUGUUUGGUAUUGCGUCGGAAAAUGUGAAUGACGAAAUCAGCAACUUCCAAAUGGGCAGAUACCAGUGCAUUUGGAAAAUGGCCAAAGAGUUUACUUCACUGAGGCUAAUGCGGCACAACGAGCUGAGAGACCACCAUCGACAACGUUGA